ACGCAGCUGGGAUAACCUGAAGGUCUCCCGCCUCUUCAGGCACCUUCCAGAUUAAGGAAGCGCGCGCACGACUCAUGUGCAAAGGUAAAAUGCGCUUGAGCAGCUGGAGGAGACUCACGAGUCAUACGCUGGCGUUAAUCUAACAUUCAUCUGUGAGCAAAAGGAGCCAUGAAGAAACACCUGAGCCCCUCGAAACAACCUCACAGCCCGUGUCCGCCACCGCCGGUUCCGAGCGGUGAAAUCACCGUCCACCAACUCAACGAGCUCCUGUCCGACGGAAGCGGCUUCUACAAUCUACCGACCCAACACUUCAACGAGGUCUUCCCCAGAAUUUAUAUCGGAAACGCGUUUGUAGCUCACAACACAAUGCGUCUGCAGAAACUUGGAGUGACGCAUGUCCUCAACGUGGCAGAAGGUACCUCCUUCAUGCAUGUCAACACUAGUACCGAGUUCUACGCCGGCACCGGCAUCACGUACCAUGGCAUCUCGGCCAACGACACAGAAAAGUUCAACCUCAGUGCCUUCUUUGAGGAGGGAGCUGAUUUUAUUGACAAAGGACUAGCGCACAAUAAUGGCAAAGGGAAGGUGUAUGUACACUGCAGAGAAGGCUACAGCCGUUCUCCAACCAUGGUGGUUGCUUACCUCAUGCUGCGCCACAAAAUGGAUGUCCGGCAGGCACUGCGCACUGUGAGGCAGAAGAGGGAGAUCGGUCCUAACGAUGGCUUCCUCCGCCAACUGUGCCAACUGAAUGAGAAGCUGGCGAAGGAAGGCAAGCUGAAUGGGGAGGUGGGAAAAAUAAAGACUAAAUGAAAGCAGGAGAGGUGUGAAAAUGAAAGGACCCUCUGUCUCCUCACAUCAGGCCUUUCAUGGGCUUUUAGAGGCCAGUCCCACCCCGACCAAACCAGCACCCAUCCAACAUAUCAGGGGUAUUCUGAGAUCAUUAUUGGUCAUAACAAACACAUUUUACUUUCUUUCUUUUCACUGGUAUGUAGAGUUUGAUUUCAAAAACUAAUAACACUAUCUGUACCCUCUUUUACAUUACACAUGUCAGCAGAAUAUGCUGCACACCACUUGGAAAGCUCUAGCUAAGGUACUUUAAGCAUUCCUUUAUUUCCAACAAGUUAAUAAAGUGAAAACUACAAAUUUAUACAGAACAGAAGAAUAUAGCACAAUCAUUCCAUAGUUUUUCACUGCCGGAAUGUCAGUGAUGUCUCAGUGGGCAGGAGCGCUCCAUUAAUUCCAAACCAACUCCUAAAUACUGGAUGGCAUGAUGGAACUAAGAAAGACGUGAGUGGAUGGAAGACAAUUCCAAACAUUCCAUAAAAACUGUAGAAGAUUCCCAGAUUCAAUCCAGUUAAGGUGUUCUGUUUCUGCUCUGAUGUUUAAUGCACAAAAACGAAAAGAAUUUCUCACGUUCAUCUGCAUCCCAGCUCCGACUGUAGCUCUGUGUACCGUUUCAGUUUUUGCCUCUAGUUUGACAAUGCUGACAGUGAACGUGACUGCUGGUACAAAGAGAGCGGCACCGAGGAACCGUGAGGGUCGAGCUAAUUAAAAGUAAAGAGCUGCGUGGACUACUCACGUUGUAACCGCAUUUCGCUACGGAUGUGAUGAACGUUCCUUUUAGUUAGAUUGUGGAACCAGUUAGCAUCUACAAUGAAAAGAGCCUAAAUCAAAAAAAAUUUAAACUAGAGAAAUAUUAUCAUUAUUAUUAUUAUUAUUAUUAUCAUUAUUAUUAUUAAUGUAAGAAUAAAAUCUAAAUGCUGUUGCUUUUAGAGAGAAAAAUUGAAGGAUGAGUAAUAUUUAAAGUCAGGUUUUCUCUUUAGUUAUGCAUCUUUAAAUAAUUGGCAUUAUGGGUAAACCUAAUUUUAAAAAAGGCUCUUCAAGUAUCAUCUUCAAAUUACGUUAUUCUGUUGAUUUUAAUGCAUUAGUAAGACCUUAGUACAAUAAAUCAUUCAAACAAAAGUUACAUUUUCUUCACCACCGGUAUCACCGCUAUUAAUUUAUUAUAAAAAGCACCUUAAUGCUUUUAAUUAUUGUUAUGAUACAAGUGGAAAAUUCAGGCUUUAAUAUACAUUUUCACGUUUUCAGUUUGAGUUUGCUGGUUGUAAAGAUGAUUUGUUUUCUUUUUGAAUUAAAGAAACUUGGAUGGAGCGGGCUUGUAAUGUUCAAAAGUGACUGAAAAUGCAUCUGACCACAUCAACAGCAGUGCUUCUGUCUGAAAACUCCUAACUGUUUUCUUACCUUUUUUUUAAAGUUUGAAAAUACUUUUUUGUGCGUCAAACUGUGUUUACACAGUGUACUUAAGUAUUCCACAUGCAACAUAUAAACACUGCUUUUUCUCAGCAACACAAUUAAAGGACAAAUUAAAUUAUUUUUUUCUUAAAGUGACAGUGUUCAGUUUCCCUGGCAGUAAGGGGCAGUAGAUACCUAAAUCAUUGUAAGCAAGCAUUGUUUUUGUGUUCAAGUACGACAAUACCAACAGAUGGCGCUUAGGGUCAAAAAUCCUUGGGAGUGCAACCUCCAGCAAAACAACAAGAACAUCAGAUUCCCUUUCAUCACUUGCAACAAGUGAAUAGCUAAAUGUGUAAAAGAACAACGUUUAUUAAUGCUGAAAGUUUUGUAACCAUUUGUUACACAUCAGUAAAUGCAUUCUGUCCUCAUGGGCUUCCAUAGAAGGAAACAUGGCAUCAGUGGCGGUUUUACCAUUAGGCAUAGGUCGGUGGCCGCCUGGGGGCCCAUUAUGUUGGGGGGCCCCUAGUCCUGACUUCUGGCACCCCUCUAUUAAUGCCACAUUGGACUAUUCCUUUAAGACGCCGAUGCACAAACAGGAAGUGAUUGGUAGUCAUUCCACUCCAAUCAAGUUGGUGGCAGUAAUUCACCAAAUUGUUGUUUGCCAAGUGCCAUGACACCACAAAUAAGAAGAAGAAGAGAAAGCAGAAAAAAGAAGUGAGGCGGGAGCGUUCGUAACAAACUAAAAGCAGUAGUCAAAACAUUAAGCAUGACAUGGAGUUAUCCUAGUGGCUCCAAUAAGAGAAUGAAGCAGCUUGCUUUAAAAAAGCUUUUAUCUUCACCUCCGAAAGUGACAUUUUUUUUCUCAAUGUAAACAUCAAAAGGAAGCAGAAAGGAAAAACAAUGGAAAAUGUUUCAAGGGAGGAAAACGUAGACCAAAAUGGAAAAUAGAAGAAGAAAAAAAAGAAAGGCAAAAGCACAGGAGCACAGACAGGAAGAAGAAAGCAGAGCAAAUAUUGAAAGCACUCAAAGGGAGAGAAAGACAGGAAAAAAGAGGAGGACUAAUAAAAAGUGAAGAUAACUCAUGUCAGAAGAGGGGAGAGUUUUGCAAAUCCAGUUAAAGAUAAGAUUGUCGAAAAUUUAGUGUAAGGGGGCCCCAUGUCUGUGUUAGCCUUGGGCCCCCAAAUUGCUAAAUCCACCACUGCAUGGCAUCCAAUAUGGCGUCACCCAGAGACUUAGACCCGCUCCCAUGUACUUAAGACCCAAUGUUUAUGGUUAUAUGUUAUGAAACCGCCAAUAUUUUUCUAAACUGGGUAUCUUUUAAUUCAUUUACAACAUUUCAAUGGAUAUUUCUAGAGAUUAAUGGUAAAAACUACACAUUGUCACUUUAAGCCAACAUAGAGUCAACUCAAUUCAACUCUACACAGUUCAGGUGGUUUUCCAAUUGAGAAACAACUGCAGUGACUGGGCAGCCCCUAAAACCUAGCUUGAGAUGAUUUAUACGCAACACAAAGUAGAGCGAGGAGAUAUUUUGGUCAGACUCCAAAAACAAAAGACACAAAGAAAAGGCAGCAGGCAGUGAGGCAAAACACCCUGGAGAUGGCCAGGAGAGUGUAGGUGACUUCACUCCACCGCCCCUAGCCAAUCAGUGACCAACAAUCUUAUGAUGUUGUGUUUUCAGUCUGGCGCUGUCCACUUGGUUCGCCAGUGAAGUUAAUUCUAAAUGAAAGAGGCAACCAUGGACCCGAUACAAGGUGCAAAAGCUCUGGAAGUGCAUCAAGCUGCAUUGAGUAGGCGCCACAGGUUCUUGCUGGGAAUUUGAACUGAAAUGGUCAUAUAAUGUAAUUUUAAACUAAUAAUGUCAUGCAUAGUUUGCUGGUCACACUUUUAGCCCAACAAGCUUACUUCCACUCAGUUUACAAGAAAGCUGAGUGCUUUGUUGGCAAUUUCUUCAUGAAGGAGAUUUAAUCAUGGUCAGACUUUCAGCUGAACUCCUAAAUAUAAAGAAGUAUUCUCAGAUUUAUUUGUCUGUUCAAGAAGAUUUUUAAAGUCAAUUUCAAACCAGAGGCUUGUAGUGCCACAGUGAGUCAGGCUGAAAGGAUACUGUUGGCUUAAGGUUUCAGUCAUCACACCGGAGAGUUUUCCACUGCCAGUUCCCUCACAGCCAUUCAGCAGGUAUCAAACACCACUGUUUCAUCAACACAGUUUGUCAGAAGUCCACACACAACAUGUCACUCGUUCCACUCCCGAAUGUGUGCCAAACAAGAGUUAUGCACACAUAAAAAAAGCCUUUUUGUGUUUGUCUGCAUCAAAGCAUUGCUAUAUAUGUCAAUACUCUUAUCAGAUAUCUAGAAUGUAAAGGCACUGAAUCUGACUAACCCAACUCGCUGCGUAUAACAGCUUUAGCUCAAUAGUUCAUUAUUAACUUGUAAUCUAAAGCUAACACGAGGAAGACAAGUUAAGUGUUUCUAACUCCUAGUUGCUUCAGCCUCUGUAUUUCAGGUUUCAGAGUUUAUAUUUCUCUGAGUCCGUGUGGAAGUUUUUUUUUUCACCUCAUUAAUGGCACUAUUUAUUCCUCCUUUUAUAUAUCUGUAUACAUUCAAAUAUAAAUAUAUAUGUAUACUGUAUAUACAUAUUUAUGUGUUGACAUAUAUGAAUGUACAAGCAAUGUGUCUAUAAUCUGUAGGUAUCGUCGGUUUGUCUCAACUAUCAUGUUUGUAUAUUCAUUUUUUGUUUCAUAGUAAGUACAUAUGCAUCGACAUUCAGAUAUGAUGUGCAUGUAAAACGUGUAAUUGUAAUUUUUUACUGGGUUCCCUGUGUUUUUAUCAACAUAGGUUGUACUUUUUUCAUGAAAUACGUUACUUGUGGCAGCAAAGGUGCAAUUGGAUUGUCACUAAACAAACACAUCAUACUGGAUGUUUUGGUAAAGAAAUCCAUGUUUGUUUGAAGAAUGCAGAGAUUGUACAUGUUGCACCACAUUAAAACGUUCUUUGUAAUUAUUUGCAAUAAUUUCACUCAUUCACUCAUCACAUCUGACAGGAAGGUUCACCCCUGCAUAUUACUAAUCAGCCUAAAUAAUGAAAUUACAUGAGACAAAAUAAAAAAAAAUCCCUGAAAGAUUUCUUAUACUUAGCAGUCUUUUUAAAUUGACCCAUUUUGGAAUGUUAAUUGGAUCUUUGCCUCUGAUGUACAGAUCUAUUGAAACAGAAAUCUAACAGCUGUUGUUUAAACAUGUCGCCUCUGUCGCCCCCCAGUGGCUAAAUUCUACUUUCAGGGUAUUUCUCCACAAUUACUCUUUCUAGAACAUGUAAUGUAAUAAAUGGUAAACAAUUAUGUGAGUACAGAUAAGGGGUAGUUUGAAAGUCCUCUUAUGUCAUAAAAUCCACUAUUUAGACUCCAGACAUACACCAUCUGUCCUAUUAUGUGCUCUCUUGAGCCAGAUAUGGUAAUAUACUCACAAGGUGAUAAAAGUAAGUUCAGUCUGCUACACAAGAACACAUGUGCAAUAUUUCUGGUUCAUGCACAACGUCAACACUUUACUUUUGGUCAUGUGAAAACAUUGAUCUAAAGCUGCAUAUUUAGUUUUACCUGCAAAAAUGCUUGGGGGGAAAAAUCAGGCAACAGGAGUUAAUAUUUAGGAUUGCUUUUGGGUUUAAUUCGAUGCAUGUGUUACGAUGCACGCUUCAUUUCCCUUCAGCUCAUUUUACACCCCUCUUCAUACUUGGACAGAGAACAGCAUCACUCUCAGCUCAGUAAACUAAAUUGUCACUAUGCUGCACAAAAACAUCUUAAAACCUGCACCACAUAGUCGGAUGGUUCUGGAUUUCACUUAUCUGAAUGGUCACAUUUGCACUGCCUUCCAUCGGACUACACAAGGUUAAACAAAAUUUCUUCUGGUUAGAUUUUAAUGCCACAAUUCAUCUAAAUUUGCUGAAAGUUUUGGAAUUGGAUCAAAUGUAUGGCAAAAUCAACUGUCUACACAGAAUUGUUGAGUCAGACAUUUUCCAAUGUACAAACCAAUUUUGGUAACCAUUAGCCAAAGUCACCAAUAGGCUUUCUGCCACCAAGGUAAACAAAACAUAUGAGAAAAUAGUUAAAAAAGCGAUCAUGUCUCUUUUUCUCAGUAACACUGCCACCUGUUCAACUCAUAUUUACACUUUAUUUUUUCAUGACAUCUGUAAUCUUUCUCCAUGUUUUGCCACAUUUUAUCCCUGUCUGUUUACCUGAUACCAGCAUUGUUCUGUGGAUGAUGUUAUGUAUUACCAAGAAUGUGAAAUGCUGUUAAUGUAUACUGGUAUAUAUGCUGAGUAUGUAACACAAGGUGAAUUAAUGUGAAUUGCUGCAUUUUGUUAUUCUAACCGGCCUAUACUACUACAGUGUAAAGAUCGGACAGUGUUUGAAUGUAAAGUCAAAACUGUAGAUUUUAUUCUUUAUUUUUGAGUGACGUUUGGUUGGUGUUAUGAAUUUUUCUGUUAAAUAGUAGAAGUUUAAUUAUUUUUGCUUUUAAACAAAGAUUUAUUAUUUUCUGAAAUCAUCCGUACAAUACCGAAGGUGUGCUUGUGACGUACUUCUCCAGCCAUUCACCAUGUUGCUUUUGGAUCAUUCACCUACAUGUGGGUAGUCGGCACUGGGCCACAACUGUAAUUGUAACUCAUUAGCAGAGCAGUGGAGGCUUGUUGAAUCAGUCCAACACAACCAGGUAGUUAAAAGCACCUAAAUGGACUUUUAAAAGUCAUUUCCUGUGAUUUUCACCUACAUCCACAGUCUCAAGUGGUGUGAGAUGAUGGUCAGUUGAUAUCUUACAGCAUGGAAACCCAUCUGGUUUUAACUUCUCUAAAUUGUCCACGAUGUAGUAAUCUCUACCCUUUGGAACUAUUUCAAACAUUUGUUGGAAAUUACUUACAAAUACCGUUUGGCCCAGAAAACAGCACAUCUGUCCUCAUCUUCUCAGCUUCAUUCUGAUAACUGGCUUAAAGCAGGCAUUUUAGCACAAAUGAGCAAGCUGCCUGACUCCUUUGGAGUGUGCUACAUGGUUUUGUCUUGUCACAAGAUGUCGCAGAGGUCUUUGUGAGAUUUGCUGCAGAUGUUUGUCACCUCAUCAUCACCCAAAGCCUUACAGUACCGAUCGAUUAGAGAUGCUUUUGAGUUUGUGUAUUUCACUUCGAACUGUUGAAAGGGGUCGGCCCCGUGUAAACUGAGAUGUUGAAGUGCACUUGGUUUUAAAUUAUUUUUCUUACCUAGAAGUCCCUUUCCUAUGUUUAAGAAAUAAAUGGAUGAGAUAUUA